UAAAGUUCAAGGUACCGUCCACGAGUUUGACUCGGAGCAGUGGACGCUGUCAUUCAGCUUCAGUGCCGGUGGUCAGUCCGUUUGUCUCGUUGAAAACCGUUUUAAAUCUAAGAAGCCAUGGGAGAGUGGGGAUUCCUGUCCACUCUGCUGAAUAAGGUGCAGACUCACUCCACUGUAGUGGGAAAAGUCUGGCUUAGCGUGCUUUUCAUCUUCAGGAUCAUGGUGCUUGGAGCCGGCGCCGAGAAGGUUUGGGGUGAUGAACAGUCCAAAAUGGUUUGCAACACCAAGCAACCCGGUUGUAAGAACGUCUGCUAUGACCACGCCUUCCCCAUCUCGCACAUUCGGUUCUGGGUUCUCCAGAUCAUCUUCGUCUCCACGCCAACCCUGAUCUACCUCGGCCACGUCAUCCAUAUCAUCCACAAAGAGAAAAAGCUGAGAGAAUACAUGGACGCUAACCCCAGCCGGGGGAUUGUGAAGGGACCAAAGUACUCUGACGAAAAGGGGAAAGUCCAUCUCAAGGGCAACCUGCUGGGAAACUACAUAACCUCCAUCUUCUUCAGAAUCCUCCUGGAAAUAGGUUUCAUAGUGGGGCAGUACUACCUGUAUGGGUUCGUCAUGGAGCCGCAGAUCGUCUGCUCCCGAGCGCCGUGUCCCUUCACCGUCGAGUGCUUCAUGUCCCGGCCCACAGAGAAAACCGUCUUCAUCAUCUUCAUGCUGGUCAUGUCCUGCAUCUCGGUGGUGCUCAACGUGGUGGAGAUCUUCUACCUGAUAUGCACUAGGUCGUCCAGGCGGAAGUCCAAAUCGGUGCCGACGACGGCCAUUGCCAUCCACCCGCGUUUCACCACCGACAGCAUGAUGAAGAACGAGAAGCUCGGCCGCCAUGACUCCAGCACGGCUUGAGGGACGACGUUCGGUAAAUCCACCGAGUCUGUUGGUGGCACGGCGGGAGAAGCGGUGACUCCACUGCAAAAGCACAAAAUAUUACCCGGCGUUUUUGAUUUGUUUUUUAGUGCAAAUAUUUUAGUCCACUUGAAAUAAGAAAAACCAACAAGUAGGUUUUCAGCAUAAGAGCUUGUUUUAUGUUGCUUUAUGACUUUUUUGUUUUUAUAAUGUAAGCUUUGUUGCGAAAUGUGCAAUACAAAUAAACUUGAUUGAUUAUUUUAAGUAAAUAAUUCCUUAAAGCUGCAGUAUGUAACUUUUAUUUUUUUUAUAUUAUUUUUACAUAUUUGUUGAAACUAUCAAAUCAAGCUCCUCUGCCUUCUCCCAGUUCUAACUAGAAACAACCAAUCAGAGCAAGGAGGCAGGUUUUAGCGCUGUCAAUCACCGUCACAUCACCAUUCAGUUGUGAAUGCUAAGGCUAGUUAGCACAGCCACCAAUGAUGGCGGACAAACAGUUUUUUCUUUGAUGGAAAGCUGUUUUUCUGCCACUACCACAUGAGCACCAAUGACACGAGUUGAUUGACAGCACUAUGACGCCCGUGCUUUCUCUGAUUGGUUGUUUUUGGUCGUGUGCGGUGCAUUUCUUCAGGCUGCAAUAGAACUUUUAGAGCUUUAAGUAUGUAAAAAAUAUUUUUAUAAAAGUUACAUGCUGCAGGUUUUGUACUGAUGAAAACAUUCUGGUUUCACUGGCAGAUUUUUUCACUGAUAGCAAAAUUUUUCCGACGCUACAAGUGAAAUAAUCUGCCAUUGUGACUGGUAUGGUUUCAUCAAUUUUAAUUAAAUAUUAACUUAAAAUAAGAUCUUAUAUCUUGCUGAAAAGUUGCUAGUAAGUUAUUUUAAAUGUUUAAGUGUACUAAGGUAUUUCCACUAGAGACUACAGAAAAAUACUUGGUCAGAUUUUGCGUUUUUGAAGUGUACAAAGGUUAAAUUUGUGACGAAGAAAUGGCCCGUUUGUACGACUACAGUUACAGAAUACAGUGGUGUUAUUUAUAAGGUAUUAAAUUACUAAACAUAUGCAAAUUUGGAGUUCUUGCUUGUUCCUGUUUAAUAAGUAACAAACUUAAAUACCUAGUAGCUUUGAUGUCAAUGAGAUUGUGAAGAAAAAAUGGUUUAUUUGGAGUUUGGUUUGUGUUUUGUACAUAUUUGUAUCAGGAUCAAUUUUUAAAUCUAUUUGUUUGCUCUACAAGACCUGAUUAUACAUUUUUAGUAAAUUGCUUUGGUUGGCUUUCUUUUUAUCAACAAGUUGUUUUUUUCUCUUUUAACAUAAUUGAAUUUAUGCAAUACAAAAUGUAUAAUUUUAUAACCCACUUUGUAAAAUAAAAUUAUAUUUUCUGAAAGGUUAA